CCCGGCCAAAGGUAGAGGCUUUAAAAGGCGGACGCCUGCCCGCCUUGCCUCUCUUCUUCCUUGCCUUGGUCCUCCCUCCCCUAAGCCAGCCGAAGCGCCGCCGUCCAGGGGCCUCCCGAUGGAGAUAAAUAAAGGACAUAGCAAUCAUGGGCCCAGUUGCUUUGGCUACCCACUCAGCAUCUUCUUCAUCGUCAUCAAUGAAUUCUGUGAAAGAUUCUCCUAUUAUGGAAUGCGAGCCGUGCUUGUCAUCUACUUCAAGUUUUUUCUCAGUUGGGAUGACAAUCUUUCGACAGCCAUUUACCAUACGUUUGUAGCCCUGUGCUAUCUAACCCCUAUCCUCGGAGCACUGGUGGCUGACUCCUGGCUGGGAAAGUUCAAGACCAUUAUUUCCUUGUCCAUUGUGUACACAGUUGGGCAAGCAGUUUUGUCAAUAGGUUCCAUAAAUGAUUUGAUGGAUGCAGACCGGGAUGGUACACCUGAUAACCUACAAAUUCCCGUUGCUUUCUCUAUGAUUGGUUUGGUCCUGAUUGCUUUUGGAACUGGUGGAAUCAAACCAUGCGUCGCAGCUUUUGGUGGAGAUCAGUUUGAGGAACAUCAGGAAAAACAAAGAAACCGGUUCUUUUCUAUUUUUUACUUGUCCAUUAAUGCUGGGAGUCUUCUCUCCACUAUAAUCACCCCAAUGCUGAGAGGGGUGGUGUGUGGAAUUCACGUGAAACAAAAAUGUUACCCUCUGGCAUUUGGAGUCCCUGCUAUCCUAAUGGCUAUUGCAUUACUUGUAUUCGUAUUAGGAAGUCGAAUGUACAAGAAGGUUGAACCUCAGGGCAACAUUAUGGUCAAAGUUGCUAAAUGCAUUACGUUUGCUAUUGGAAACAGAUUUAGGCAUCGCAGCAAACAAUUUCCCAAAAGGGAACAUUGGUUGGACUGGGCUAGUGAGAAGUAUGAUAAACGACUUAUUCUCCAGACUAAGAUGGUUUUGAAAGUUUUGUUCCUGUAUAUUCCUCUCCCUAUGUUUUGGGCACUUUUUGAUCAGCAGGGAUCUCGAUGGACACUGCAAGCCACAACAAUGGAUGGAGAUUUUGGUCUUGUCCAGAUUCAACCAGACCAAAUGCAGACUGUGAAUCCAAUUCUUAUUGUUAUAAUGGUCCCAAUUGUGGACGCUGUGAUUUAUCCCCUGAUUCAGAAAUGCCACAUAAAUUUCACGCCUCUGAGGAAGAUGACAGUGGGCAUGUUUCUGGCAGCGCUGGCUUUUGUGGUUGCAGCUGUAGUGCAAAUACAAAUAGAUAACACGCUUCCAAAGUUUCCUGAAGCAGGCUUUUCCCAAGUCAGAGUAGUAAAUCUUGGAAAUGAGAAUGUAACAGCUAAUUUUUAUCCUGAUGGGAGGAACGUUGAACUGUCUUCUUUGACCUGGACAGAAUACUUGGACUUUAAAACAACAGAGUUAAAUAGUUACCAAAAUAUUGUUAUAAGCAAUGGAAGUGGAAUUCUAAACGAAACACGUUUUCUUGCUGGAAAAGAACGGCAUACUCUUACAAUAACAAACAGAGGUGGACUCCAAUUUCAACUGCUCGUGGAUGGAAUCGUAGAAAAACCAGAACAAGGAGACAAUAAGAUCAGAUUCAUAAACAACAUGGAUGUACCUAUCAAUAUCUCUAUGGGUGGUACUGAUUUUCCAUAUGUGUCGUAUUUUUCUGCCACAAACUACACAAAUUAUCAAAGAGGAAAAAAAGAUAUUACAAUUCGCACAGAUAACUACAACUGCACAACAAGGUCUUUGCCAUUUGGAUUUGGCAGCGCUUAUACUAUUAUAGUAGAGGGGUGUGAUGGCAAUGAACUAAAACUCAGAUAUAUUGAAGAUAUUCAAGCCAACACAGUCAGUAUGGCUUGGCAAAUCCCCCAGUAUUUCCUUAUGACUUGUGGCGAAGUUGUCUUCUCGGUGACUGGGCUAUCAUUUUCAUACUCGCAGGCACCUGCAAACAUGAAGUCUGUGUUGCAAGCUGGUUGGCUGUUGACUGUGGCUGUUGGCAAUAUCAUUGUCCUUAUUAUAGCAGGAGCAUCAAAACUAGAGGAACAGUGGACAGAAUAUGUUUUGUUUGCCAGUUUGCUUCUCGUAGUUACUGUCAUUUUUGCCAUCAUGGCCUAUUUUUACACCUAUGUGGACCCAGCUGAGGUUGAAGCCCAACUUGUAGAGGAGGAAAACAAGAAGCGUGAAAAGGGUUUACCACUGCAGGAAUAUGGAUCCACCGCACAGACUAAGAUGUGAACACAUAUGGAAGGGCCGAAUGUGAGACUGUGGGCUGCUAUCCCAAGAACUGUGGGUCUCUAGUUUGAGACCUGUGUGUGCCACUCUGUUAUUGGCGAAGCUGGGCAGAGGUGCAUUCAGCGCGCGUCAGGAGAAGCCCCACAUCCUUCUGGGGCCAAAGAUCAGGAAAUUUGUUCUGUGAAGAAAAUGAAGAAAACCCCGGUUCUUCCUCAGAAGAUUUUGCACUUUAAAAAAAGGAGAGGGGUUUGAAUCCAACUUCACCUGCCACAAUGAAAAGAUAUUCAAAGUAUUAUUUUUAUACAGGACGGCUUUAAUUUUAUAUUGUAAGCAAAGGAAAGUACUCCCAGAUCUAGGCACUUGUUUUCCAAGUAGAGUACUGGGGGAUUAAAGGGUUUUGAAUGUUGCCAUGCAAAUAAUGAAUGUAUUUUUCCAAAAGACAUGCACCUGAGCCAGCUGAAUGUUUACAAUCCUUGUGUUGCACAAUAAACCUCUUCCUUCAGUUUCUUCUGGAGGAUUCUGCCAAAACUAAAUUAUUGUGACAACAAUGAUAGAAAUGAACAAAGAGGAAUUUUAAAAAGUGAAAUAAAUCUUUGAUUGUAACAGUUUAGAGUCAGAAUUUACUUUCUUUAAAGGAGAACAAACUACUUCACUAUUGUCCAGAUGGGUUUUUUUUAAUGUCAGGAGCGACUUGAGAAAUUGCAAGUCGCUUCUGGUGUGUGGCGUCCAGGUGGGUACAGAGUGUCCAUACACAUCAUCUUUGGAAAACACUGGUAUGUUGUUCAGAUAUACUUUCUCUGCAGCC